UUCCAUUACGCUGUUUGGUGGCUCAACACACACACACGCUCAAGGCUUUUUCGGGGGAGACGGGCGUCCCACCACGUUCGUCCACUUCUCACACGACUGCCAACGAGUCCGCACCACACACACAAUCGCAGUUGUAGUCGGAAUCGGACAGGUGUUUUUUUCUCAGAGUGUGUCUAGCAGUGAAUUCAAUCCUGUGUUUCUAGUGUGUGUGAUUUUUUAAAAAUAGUUGUUCUACCAAUUGGAAGUUUUACGCCAUGGUCAGAUCUGGUAAGGUAGAGACGGUGAGUAUCUCGGAAGAAGGAUCAUCCAGCCCGCCUAAUUGGUGUUUCUUCGGCUGGCUCCUGGCUCUGACUCAACUCCUGUUGCACGGCGCCCUCGGCCUGGUCCUCUUUUGGGUCAUCUACUAUCUAGGCGGAUUCGGAUGGCAAGAUCAACCCAAACUGGAAUUCAACUACCAUCCAGUCCUCAUGAUUGGAGGAUUCGUCUACCUAUCUGGAAAUGCUCUAUUGUCGUACCGUUCGUUCGGCUGCUGCCGCCACAUCUACAAGAAAUUAUUUCAUACGGUGUUCCACAUUUUGGCCGUGCCGGCCAUCGUCAUGGGUUUCAUCACCGUGUGGGAUUCUCGCAACUUGAGCGUUCCUCCCAUCGCCAACUUCUGGAGCCUCCAUUCAUGGAUGGGUCUCACGACCAUGGGCCUAUUCGCUAUCCAGGUAGUCAGAAUGUUGGUUGUCGGAUUCUUCAGCUUCUUGAUCCUGUUGUGCUGUGAGGCUAGGACCGCUGCCUUGAGGGCAGCCUUGGUUCCGGUGCACGCUACAUUUGGACUCAUCACUUUCCUUAUGGCCAUCGCUACUUGCCUGACUGGCAUCACAGAAAAGGCCAUCAACAGCCUGGGAGACUGGUACACAGCAUUCCCACCCGAAGGAUUGGUUGUCAAUGUUUUGGGAGCCACACUGAUGGGACUUGCAAUCCUAAUGCCGGUGCUGAUGCUUAUUCGGUGCCAACAUCGUGGGCCGUCGUCCAUCUCAUCUCAUUCUAGCGGCGAUCACGACGAGGAAUCUGAGAGACUCUAAUUUGGCUUAUUUGUCCAAACACAAUCUCCUUCGCGUAAACACACACACGCCACAAAUUGCAUGUCUUAUUAGUCUGUUAUAUUUCUUUCGUACAAUCACAGCCUCUAGCAAAACUGCUACUGUUGAUUUCUCUAUUCAUCAGACCGCCAUUUUUCAGUAACAACAUUUUUUACUUUCUCUCUAAUAGUUUUCCUGUGUCUGGCUUGCAUGUUUGGGUGUAACAAUACUUUCACUAUAAAACAAAAAAGCAGGUGAUUGUUCUCUUAUUAAUCAUAUAAACACACAUACACAGCAGCUUCUUCAUCAUGUACAUAUUUUCUCUUUACCAACCUGCUAUAUUGUCAUCCAUUUUAAUGAUUUAGUUUCCCGACCAUCAUGCCACGUACCCACCAACUCGUUUAUUAUAUUUCCUUUUUCCUUUCGAACUUUAUUUCUAUCUCUAUUCCCGUUUACGAAAUGAGUUCUAUGAAAAAAAUAAUAAUGGCUGACUUUUUGAGAUUAAAAUACAAAUCACUAUCACACGGCCAA